CAGGCAGAGGCGCCGCCGAGGCUCGCGGAGCGGAGACGUGGAGGGCGGGACGGGCCCGGACAGCGGCGGACGCGGCCUCGCGCGCCGGGCGGACCCUGCGCGGCCGGGAGCCGAGCGCGCGGCGCGGGACGGGCGCCCCGGGGGUCUCCGGCCGUCCAUGCGCAGAGCGCCCUCCCCCCCCGCCGAGCAGCCGCCGCGCGGGGGUGACAGCGCCCGCCGGGCCGCGCAGCCCAGACUCAAACCCAGUGGCCGAGCCAUGGCCCUGCCUCGGACGCUGGGGGAGCUGCAGCUGUACCGGGUCCUGCAGCGCGCCAACCUGCUGUCCUACUAUGAGACCUUCAUCCAGCAGGGGGGCGACGACGUGCAGCAGCUGUGCGAGGCGGGCGAGGAGGAAUUCCUGGAGAUCAUGGCGCUUGUGGGGAUGGCCACUAAGCCCCUCCACGUCCGACGCCUGCAGAAGGCGCUGAGAGAGUGGGCCACCAACCCGGGGCUCUUCAGCCAACCAGUGCCUGCCGUGCCGGUCUCCAGCAUUCCGCUCUUCAAGAUCUCGGAGACCGCCGGGACCCGCAAAGGGAGCAUGAGCAACGGGCACGGCAGCCCAGGGGAGAAGGCGGGCAGUGCCCGCAGUUUUAGCCCCAAGAGCCCUCUUGAACUUGGAGAGAAACUGUCCCCACUACCUGGGGGACCUGGGGCAGGGGACCCCCGGAUCUGGCCAGGACGAAGUACUCCAGAGUCCGACAUCGGGGCGGGAGGAGAAGAGGAGGCUGGCUCGCCCCCCUUCUCCCCACCUGCAGGGGGGGGAGUCCCUGAGGGGGCUGGGGCUGGGGGACUGGCAACAGGUGGCGCUGGGGGUGGUCCAGAUCGACUGGAACCGGAGAUGGUCCGCAUGGUGGUGGAGAGUGUGGAAAGGAUCUUCCGGAGCUUCCCGAGGGGGGAUGCUGGGGAGGUGACCUCCCUGCUGAAGCUGAACAAGAAGCUGGCAAGGAGCGUGGGACACAUCUUUGAGAUGGACGAUAACGACAGCCAGAAGGAGGAAGAGAUCCGCAAGUACAGCAUCAUCUACGGCCGCUUUGACUCCAAGCGGCGGGAGGGCAAGCAGCUCAGCCUGCAUGAGCUGACCAUCAAUGAGGCUGCUGCCCAGUUCUGCAUGAGGGACAACACGCUCUUACUGCGGAGGGUGGAGCUCUUCUCCCUGUCACGCCAGGUGGCCCGAGAGAGCACCUACCUAUCUUCUUUGAAGGGCUCCAGGCUCCAUCCUGAAGAACUGGGAGGCCCCCCGCUGAAGAAGCUGAAACAGGAGGUUGGAGAGCAGAGUCACUCUGAAAUCCAGCAGCCUCCCCCAGGGCCCGAGUCCUAUGCACCCCCGUACCGCCCCAGCCUGGAGGAAGACAGCGCCAGCCUGUCGGGGGAGAGUCUCGAUGGACACUUGCAGGCUGUGGGGUCAUGCCCAAGGCUGACGCCGCCCCCUGCUGACCUGCCUCUGGCAUUGCCAGCCCAUGGGCUGUGGAGCCGCCACAUCCUGCAGCAGACACUGAUGGAUGAGGGGCUGCGGCUCGCCCGCCUCGUCUCCCAUGACCGCGUGGGCCGCCUCAGCCCCUGCGUGCCUGCGAAGCCGCCUCUCGCAGAGUUCGAGGAAGGCCUUCUGGACCGAUGUCCCGCCCCGGGACCCCAUCCCGCACUGGUGGAAGGGCGCAGGAGCAGCGUGAAAGUGGAGGCCGAGGCCAGCCGGCAGUGAGGGUAGACUGGCGUGCUCACCCCGGGCCCCGAAUGGACGCCCGGUCCACACGGACCCUCCACUCUGGACCCCUGCAUCUCCUCACAACCCUGGAUCCUUCCGCUGCCCUUCUCCUGCCUCCCCACCUGCUCCAUGGAUAUAGACUAUGGGGCGUCAAGCAAUAAUGAGCAGGGGCCUGGCGAGAGGACACGUGGAGGCUGUGUGGUGCCCCCCACCCUUGCCCAGAGCAAGGGGAGAAAGGAUUCUGCCUCCAGGGCAUUUGGGGUUCCCCUUCCCUUACACAACACUCCUCUCUAGCUUGACCCAGUGGUGUGAACAGUUGGACUCGGUUUGGACAUGGGGGAAAGGGGACGUCCCUGAGAAGGUCCAGCAGCUGAAAGUGGAAACAUUUCCCCACAAAACUGGGGGCCGGAGAACACUGGACCUGUCCUCCUCCCCUCUGCUCCCCCAUUUUUGUGCUUCUAGUUUGUUCUUUAAUUUAACAAGUGCUGCAGUCUGCCCACCUAGUGCCCUCUCCCCCCGAAGUCCUCAGCAGUUCUUUCCCUCCUGCCCUCUCUGGGGAGGGGAGGGGUGUGGGGUCUCUUUCACCGGCCCCCUCAGGAGGCCUGGGUUGGACUCAGGGUCUCCCUCAGCUGGGGGCUGGAUCGCAGCACCUACCUGAGCAGUUAGAGCGUCUUUCUUUUCAGAUCGUGUACAGUAGAUUAUUUAUUUUGUUAUUUUGGAAUAAAGUUUAUUUUAUGGCUUAGGA